UGUCUCCAGUCUCCACUAUCAUGGAAAUAGUUUUUGUUUUUCUUUCUUCUUCUCUCUUACAAAUACACCCUACGGGCUACCCUCUGCCGUUCUCUCACCUCAAGUCUAAAACCCCUCUCUCUCUCUCUGUAUUUCAAUGGCAGACCCUGCUAUGUCGUGUAGAGAAAUGAAAGCUUAGCAGUACCAAACCAGUCACAGUCUUCCCCUACUUCACAUUCUCAGAUAAUGAUUGGUUGGAACUAUGGUACCUUCUCUCGAAUCAUCUUCUAUUUUUGAGUUCUGUUUGGUGGUUAAAGAUGUAAAUGUGUGAGGUUUAGUGCUUGACUUUUCACCUGGCCAAGUUUAGCCUUUGUCCAACAUGAGGAUCUUUUGGUGAUGAUGUAUAUUUCUAAGAAUGGCACUAGCAUUGGCCAGAGAAGUUCUAGUGCAACCCCGCUUCACCGUGAGUUAUUCAUUGGGAUUUCGUGUGGCUGCGACUGUUCUGAGGAACAUUUUCAUUAAUCACAAUAGAGAACUUAUUGGAAAAAAUGUUGGGACUUAUCAAAUAUCAGAUGUUUACUACAGAUUGUAUCAGAACCCAUAUCUUCAAAAAAUUUCUACUAGCACUCACCCUGAAAGGAUAUGUUGGGAAGGUUCCUCGCAUGCAGUUCUGCUGAGAAAGCUUGAAACUGCCUUGAAGGAUCACCAAUUGGAUGAAGUAUGGGAAUCUUUUAAUGAUUUUAAAAACUUGUAUGGAUUCCCUAAGGGAAGUCUUUUUGGUAAGUUGAUCAAUGAACUGUCAUAUUCAUCUGAUCCACACUGGCUUCAGAAGGCAUGUGAUUUAGUCUUGCUAGUUUUGAAAGAGGAAUUGGGUUUACUUCAAUCGGAUACCCUAAUUAAGUUGUCCCUUUCCUUAGCAAGAUCUCAAUUGCCUAUCCCUGCCUCAAUGAUUCUUAGAGUGAUGCUGGAGAAAGAGACUUUACCCCCAAUGAAUGUAUUGUGGUUAGUUGUUCUGCAUAUGGUGAAGACAGAGAUUGGGACAUACAUCGCUUCAAAUUUCUUGGUUCAGAUUUGUGAUUGUUUCCAACACUUAAAUGUGAAUAAAAAUGACCGGGCAAAGCUGAUAAAACCAGAUACAAUGAUCUUUAACCUAGUGCUUGAUGCUUGUGUGAGGUUUGAAUUGUCUUUUAAAGGCCAACAGAUCAUUGAAUUGAUGUCUCAGACAGGGGUUGUAGCUGAUGCACAUUCAAUCACUAUUAUUGCCCAGAUUCAUGAGAUGAAUGGUCAGAGGGAUGAGCUGAAGAAAUUUAAAGACCACAUUGAUCGAGUUUCAGCUCCAUUUGUUUUUCAUUAUCGGCAGUUCUAUGAUAGUUUGUUGAGCUUGCACUUCAAGUUUAAUGACAUUGAUUCUGCUGCUGAUCUUGUGUUGUAUAUAUAUAGAGACCGGGAAUCUUUUCCCAUUCAAAAUGUUAGGAAGGAACUACAAAAGCCUCAUUUUGUUCCAUUGGGAUCUGAAAAUCUCAAGACAGGGUUGAAGAUACAGAUUGUACCUGAGAUGCUGCAGAAGGAUUCUAUCCUCAAAGUGGAAGGUAAACAAGAACUUGUUGCUUUUAGGAAUGGGAAACUCACCCUUAGCAAUAAGGCCCUGGCCAAGCUCAUUAAUGGAUACAAGAGAGUUGGGAAGAUUAGUGACAUAUCAAAAUUUUUACUUAGCAUUCAGAAGAAGUCACAUUCAUUGGAGGUAUCCAGAUUGUGCUCUGACGUGAUUGAUGCUUGCAUUAAAUUGCACUGGCUUGAAACUGCUCAUGACAUUUUGGAUGACAUGGAAUCCGCUGGAUCUCCCAUGGGCUGUACUACUUACUUGUCACUCUUGGCUGCCUACGACAAGGAAAAGAUGUUUAGGGAAGCAAAGGCACUGCUUAAACAAAUGAGAAAAGCUGGUAUGGUCUUAAAUUUCUCUGAUGAGAUGGUUGUUUCCAUCUGUCGAUCAGAAGCAGUGGAUAAAAAUGCCAUGCUUGCCUCAUCAACGGUGAUCAGUAAAUCAGAUCUGGCUGAGUUUUUGGUUCGAGAGAUGAGAGAGGAGAAUGCUGUUCCUCCUACUGUUUAUGAGUUCAAUUCUUCUAUUUACUUCUUCUUCAAGGCCAAAAUGUUAGCAGAUGCUUUGAAAACAUACAGAAGAAUGCUGGAGAUGAAAAUCCAGCCUACAGUGCAAACGUUUUCUAAUCUGGUAUGUGGAUAUUCUUCUCUAGGAAUGCAUCGUGAUAUCACAAUCAUCUGGGGGGACAUUAAGAGAAAUAUGGAGAGUGGAAAUUUGGUAGUGAGCAGAGAUCUCUGUGAGUUCUUGCUACUGAGUUUUCUUCGAGGUGGUUACUUUGAGAGAGUGAUGGAGGUCAUUGGUUAUAUGAAAGAGCAUGGUAUGUUCACUGACAAGUGGAUGUACAAAAGUGAGUUUCUAAAGCUUCAUAUGAAUCUUUAUAGGAGGCUAAAAGCAUCAAAAGCUAGAACUGAUGCUCAAAGCAAAAGGCUUGAGUAUGUCCAGGCAUUUAGGAAAUGGGUUGGCAUAGAUUGAAGUUCAAUAAGGAAGUUCUUAAAUGCAAGGGAUGCUCAAAGCAAAAUGCUUGAGUAUGUCCAGGCAUUUAGGAAUAUGAGAGAUUGGUUACUCUUGUUUACUUUAAUCAUGUAGUGCCUCUGAAUGUUAUGUUUAAAGGGAUGCAUAGCUGGAACAGUAAUCUUGUUUCUGAGCUAAUGGAAUAGUUCUCAAAUCCUUAUACUCAAUGAGAAAUUGUUCUUCAUGUAACUCCUUCCACUGAUAAUUCAAUGCUGGGUAAUGAUAUCUUUCUUAUAAGCCAGACUUUUGAUUGGUUCCAGUGAUAUCACAUUUAAUCAUUUGGCAACUCAGUGUUUAACUUAGUUGGAUCUGCUAUUUAUCUCCGACAAAUUACAGGUCAAGAUAAAACAGUUAUUCUAAAUUCGGGACGUUAUUGUUGGCCUAGGCAGCUGGUGGCUAUUUCCUAAGCUGGGCUUUGUUGGUCCGACUGUACAAGACUACCUUGGUUGGCUGGGUUUGUAAUCUCUUCUUUUAAUUGCAGCAGGCUGCCUUGAAUGUUGGGUGUUCUAUGAUGCCAUACUAGAUGAGGGUUCUCCAUGAAGAUAUAACUCCAUUAUACAAGCCUAGUUUUGGGGGAAGGAGAUGUGAAUGAUGCAACAUCUCUUGUUGGAGAUUUCUUUUGCCUUUUCUCAACAGGCACUGCUCUUGGAGUCAUAGUCUUGCCGGUUGAAAUGUACAUAUUAGCAUGAAAUGACAUUUUAAUUUAUGAUUUGAUCUUAAUACAUACAUUACAAUGCCAUCCUAUGUUAUAAUGUUGAUGUAAAAUGAAUAUAGUUGUGCGCUUUUGGGUUCAAUUUUUGGAUUUCACUUUAUAAA